GCUGGUUUUUUGGUUCAAUGUGGUAUACACCUGAAUCGGAGUUGUCAAAAAGUUCGUAUAAUUUUUGUGACAGUGGUCAUAAUAUUUGUGUGAAAAGGGGUCGAAAAAGUAUAGACAGAACAAAAAUCGUAAUUUUCGCAGUUUCAUAAUUUGUUUGCAUAAAAUUUUGUUUAACUUUACUGUGAAUAAAACAUCAAUUCAAAGAAAGGAAUUUCGUGUAUUGUUCUUUAUAAAAAAGAAAGAAAUUGAGAAGAAUUGAGAAAAAAAAAUGACAGCCUCCGAAUGACAACUAAAGACUUUUUAAUAAAAUUACAACAACUUUUGGAACGAAAAUAAAGGAAAAAAAUCUCCGAUUAUUGUGAGGGUGUAAAUGGAUCAUUGGUUAAUAAAAAAAAAUCUUUGUGUGUGAAGUGGUGCAGUGCAUGAAUUACGGCAAUAAAUAUGGCCGAGUUCAGAAUGGGUGGUGUUAUUGGAAUGCAAAAAGAUAAAUUGGGCUCACCGUCAACAGGAUCGGAGGAUGGAGGAGGCGUUGAUUUAACUGAUUUAGUUCAGGAACUCGACCAUGACGAAUUUGAUGGACCGACUGUUUUAAAUGGUGAUCGUCCGGCAGCUGCACCUCCAGAAAGUGAGUGGUAUCAUGGACGACUUGAUCGUUAUAGUGCCGAGCAACGUUUACGCAAUGCCACAAAAUUGGGUAGUUAUCUGGUUAGAGAAAGUGAUCGUAAGCCUGGUUCUUAUGUUCUAAGUUACCUGGGCCGCACAGGGAUUAAUCAUUUUCGAAUAACGGCAGUUUGUGGUGACUUUUACAUCGGCGGCCGUCAGUUUUUUUCGCUUAGUGAUUUGGUCGGAUAUUAUACGUCUUGCAGCGACCUGCUAAAACGUGAACGCCUCAUCUUUCCUGUACCACCGCCAGAGCCCGUCAACGAUAAGAAGCGUGUUGUAGCCAUUUUACCCUAUACCAAAAUGCCCGACACGGACGAGCUGACGUUUCAGAAGGGCGACAUUUUCUUUUUACACAAUGACAUGGGAGAUGGCUGGCUAUGGGUAACAGCUCAUCGAACUGGGGAACAAGGAAUGAUUUUUCGUGAGUUGGUAGAGGAUCUGGAUCCAGCUAUCGACCCGAAUACCGUUUUUCCCUGGUUCCAUCCGAAUUGUACGAAAAACGAAGCGGUUGAUAUGUUGGUGAAAGCCGGUCCGGGAAGCUUUCUGGUUCGUCCGAGCGAUAACUCACCGGGUGACUAUUCGUUGUUUUUCCACAUAAACAAUCAGAUUCAGCGUUUUCGCAUUGAGAAAAAAGGAGUCCGUUACUUGAUGGGUGGACGUACUUUCGAAUGUUUAGACGCCGUAAUAAACCGGUAUCGGAAGGAGCAAAUUGUUGAAGGUCAUUGCUUGAAUCAUCCAGUUGUUAAUGGAGCACAGCCCGAAUUCUAUCCACAAACGGCCGCUUCUAUAGCCGCUGAGAAGAUCUAUGCAACAUUGCGUGAGUGUCGUGAUCAAAUUGGUCAGAAAAAAAUCAAAGGAAUCAAGCACCAUGGGUAUUUGAUGAAAAAGUCUGAUAAAACGGUUAAAUGGAAACAGUUGUACUUCUGCUUGAUCAAUGAAGGUUCAGAGACACACUUGUGCUUUUAUGACAAUCCGAAAAAGACCAAGCCGAAAGGACUGAUCGAUUUGUCGUGUGCCUAUCUCUAUCAAGUACACGAAUCAUUGUGGGAACGACCAUACUGUUUUCAAAUUGUUGAACGUGCACUGCCAUGUUUAGCGACCAUAAGUUUUCUGUGUGCCAACAGUGCUGAGAGUUACGUGGAGUGGAUAAACGCCGUUAAGCCUCAAUGUGUGUCACAAUUGGGUAAAGCGCAGACGAAGGUGUUACGACUCCGUGAAUUGCGAAGUCUGAACUUACAAAUUUUGGAGGCUCAUCGGUUGCCGUUUAAAUUGGUGCCGCAGCCUUACUGUAGUAUUUCACUAAAUCAAGUCAAAGUCGGCAAGACGAGAAUAAAGUCAGCUCCGGAUCCAGUUUGGGAAGAAGAGUUCGAUAUGACGGAUGUUCCGCCGGAUGUGGUCUCGUUGACGAUAACUGUAUUGAGCCGCGGUAAACGUGGCAAAGACAAAGACUCAGAGGUGGCUGAAUUAACUAUAGAAUUGGCGAGUCUGAAAAACGGACAGGAGAAAGAAGAUUGGUACGCACUUACUGGGAUGACACCAAUUGGAGAAUGGGGUUCAUUACGCUUACGAAUGCGAUAUUUGGACGAUUUGAUAAUGCCAUGUGAAGAAUACAGUCCGUUGCAGCAACUGCUUCUCGAACCAGAACUCAAUUCAGUGAGAGUAUUAGCUGAGCUAUGUCACAACGAUCGAGUGCCACUGGCUACGUCACUGCUGCGCGUAUUCCGGCACGAAAAGAGGGAGACUGAACUUUUACGUAUUCUGUGUCAGACUGAAAUAGCACGAGAAAAUGAGACUUCCACGCUGUUUCGUGGUGCAUCAUUAGCCACCACUUUGAUGGAUUUGUACAUGCGCACCGAAUGUGGAGCAUUUCUACAAUCGGCCGUUUCUGAUACAGUCAACCGAAUACUGGAAUCCAAACAGUCGGCUGAAUUAAAUCCUACGAAAAUGGACGUUAACGAUGACGCUUGCUCGAAUGCCGAAUUUCUUUUACAAAUAUUGGAUCAAGUUACACAGUCAAUUUUCACAUCGCCAGAAUCGUGUCCACGUUCGGUUCGAUUCAUUUGCAAUUGCUUACAGAAAACGGUUGUGGCCAAGUGGCCUGGAGAGCGUCUAGUUCGGACUCGUGUCGUAUCUGGUUUCAUUUUUCUAAGGCUAUUGUGUCCGGCAUUGCUAAAUCCACGACAGUUUGGUUUGGUUAGUGAAACGCCAACGCCAGCUGCUACACGAUCGUUAGUCAUGAUUGCGAAAUGUUUACAAAAUCUGGCGAAUCUGAUUGAGUUCGGAGCUAAGGAACAAUACAUGGAAGUGGUCAAUCCAUUCAUCUUGAAGAACAAAGAACGAAUGAUUGUGUUUUUAGAUCAACUGUCGUCGGUAACAGAUCCGAAUCCACCGCCAAAUUCAUACAUCGAAGCGAGUACAAGUCACAUAUGCGCCGAUGCAGGGCGUGAACUGGCCACAUUACAUCACAUUUGCGUAUCGUAUUUGAGUGAACUUCAAACAAUAGCCAGAACGAAUACAUCACUUAAGAAGCUGGUUACUGUAACAGACAUGUUGACGAAGCACAAGAUCAAGUAUAUUGAAAUGAUCAGUUAAUUUAAAAAAUAAGAAUCGAUUCGAUCCCAUUAUAAUUGAUCGGUCAAUCUGAGCGGAAAGUAAAAAAUUAAUUCGUAAAAUAUUAAAAGAUUUCUGGCAUUUAUAUAACCUCUCGUCUCAGGUCUAUCAGUGGUGGCCAUAUUAUUUAUAUAAAAUAAGUUUUAAACGAACAAUAACAAUAAGAACAAAACAAAACUGAUGUAAUAGUCAACUUAUGCAUAUAUAUAUAUAUAUUACACGAUAAUACUAAUACAUUGUAGCAUUGCAAUGCAGUUCAAGUAACUGUAUUU